AUGAAGAAGUGCAACAAGAUUCAUCAGUUUCUUGGAAACCUCACUCUCUACACCCUACCAGCUUUGGUAUCUUCUCUGGUCUUUUUCUUCCUUCUCUGUUUACCCUCCAUUAAAACCAUCUUUCUUUCUAUUCCUAGCCUUUAUUCCCACGUUUUGAGCCCCAAGUUCCUGUUUGUACUUGGAAAUAUCAUCAUUUUUGUCCUUGUUGGUGAGUCAAAGCUAGCCAAGAGUGAGAGAAGCCUGCAGACUCCUCUUCUUUGGGCAGUUUCCAAAAUGAAGGAAAAGAACAAAGGAGCAAUAAUGGAAAACCACGAAGAUUGUGGUGCAAUGGAGGAGGUGGAAGAGGAUCAUGCUUUACAACUGUGGGAGUUAAACGAGAAGGUUGAAGAUUUCAUUGCAAGAGUCAACCGGCAAAUGUGGAGCGAAGCUAAUUUGUAUCAUUAA